CGGUGAGUGCGUUGAAGACUCGGAGCUGUUCGCUGGUUGCUAUGUUCGCGUGGAGGAUGCGGUAGGUGUGUGGGUGGCGUGAUGGUGUCGACGAAGAUGCUGAAGGGACCACUUCGUGAUGUGAAACAUUCCUCAGCCGUCUUUCCAGCGUGUGUAGAUUUGAUGGUGUGCAAGUGAGCAUGUGUUUGGCGGACAUUGUCAUCGAUGUCUUCAAGACCCUUCAGCCACCGACGGACGGGACGGGCGGCCUUAGGCGAAGCUUUACAGCAAAACAAUCAAACCUUGUACCGGUAUUCCGUACAAUAGCAGAUUGGAAUGUAGAUCUGGGGGAUCAUCAAGUUAGAUGGAUUGCUUUUGCGUCGUUGUAUAUGAGAUCGCGCCAUGGCAAGAGCAUUCCUAUGCGGGUUGCUGCAUAUCUGGCUACCGGGAGAGGAAGGUCCAAUGCAGUUCGUCCACCAUCUUUCACCCUGCGGGCCUCGCAAACUCCUGGGCAUCCACAAUUGCGUGCGGCACGUCUGACGGUGCGGCUACCGCCCGAAUAUUCAAUUUUCGCUUGCAUGCCCCCUACUGCACUGCCUAGCGCGCUAGGUGUUCAGGUAGGGCUUGGUGUUGCGGCAGGGAGACCGCUACGGGUUAAGGAGCCACACGGAGCUAGUGAGCGCACCGUCAGCCGCUUCACCGAUUCGAACACUGUCGUCUUUUUGGGACAGUAGUAUAUAGUGCUGUGGAUGCCCUCGUCGUCAGGCCUUUUGUUCUUCUCCUUUCCCCAACUGUUCUCAAGCCACCACGACGUUUCGAUCCUUCAAUCUACGGUUCGACAAACGAAAC